GGUCAGACACAUGAUUUAAAGCGGAUACAUACAUGGUUUAAAUCUCAGUUUAAUUAUCAGCUAAAGAGAGAUUAUUUGAGCAAAUUAGCUUGUUUAAAGUGUUUCAGCGCGAUUAUAUUCCAGUACCUAUCAGACCCACUGCUUGCUUUGUUAUCAGGUGUGUUUGCUGCAUCAGUCACAUUAAAUAUACUGCAAAGCGAAUUUCUUUAUGAUCGCUGAGCCAAUGGAUUAUUAGCAUUAAUUCAGCGCACAUGAUCAUGACCAGCGUCUGCAGGAGCUGAUCGACUGCGACAGGACGGACGAGCAAGCCUGCUUUAUUUCACGCAGUCAGACAUCACAGUAGUUAGCUUCAAACUCAUCUGGUACGAGCACAGACUCUCAAGAAAAGGAAAAUGCCGGUUGCAUCUGCCAGCUCUGACUCAGCUAUGCAGAGUCUUUUGGACACUCUGAGUGACAGCACCAGCUCCACCACAGCCAAUGAUUUGGACCUUAUCUUUCUCAAAGGCAUAAUGGAGAGUCCAGUGUCUCGUGAGUGCUUUGAAGAGCCGAAGCUAGAAGCGGUGAGGGAUAACAAUGUGGAGUUAGUGCAAGACAUCCUGAAGGACCUGACACCCUUCACGCUUCUCAGUCAGGCGGCACACGAGCUCGUCUGCAUCCUAAAAGAACCACACUUCCAGUCGUUACUUGAAACACAUGACUCUGUAGCCUCUAAAAGCUACGAGACUCCGCCCCCAAGCCCUUGUGUGUUUAUGGACCCCGCCCUCAACAACCAGCCUGUGCCCCCUGACGCCGUCAGAAUGGUGGGCAUCCGCAAAGUGUCCGGAGAGCACCUGGGCGUGACGUUUCGUGUGGAGAGUGGAGAGCUGGUAAUUGCUCGGAUCCUGCACGGCGGCAUGAUUGAUCAACAGGGGCUGCUGCAUGUGGGUGACAUCAUCAAAGAGGUGAAUGGAAAAGAGGUUGGUAGUGACCCGAAAGUUCUUCAGAAUAUGCUGAAAGAAUCCAGUGGCAGUGUCAUCCUCAAAAUCCUGCCCAGUUACCAAGAACCUCACACACCCAGACAGGCAUUUGUAAAGUGUCACUUUGACUAUGACCCCACUCAUGAUAACCUGAUCCCCUGUAAAGAAGCCGGACUGAAGUUCAGCAGUGGAGACAUCCUUCAGAUCUUCAACCAGGAGGACCCCAACUGGUGGCAGGCGUGUCAUUUGGAAGGAGGUAGUGCAGGACUGAUCCCCAGUCAGCUGCUAGAGGAGAAGAGGAAAGCUUUCGUCAAGAGAGAUCUGGAGCUCGCUAGCUCAGGGCCUCUGUGUGCAGGGAUGGGGGGUAAAAAGAAGAAGAAGAUGAUGUACUUGACCACCAAGAAUGCUGAGUUUGAUCGUCAUGAGUUGAGGAUCUAUGAGGAAGUGGCAAAGGUGCCUCCGUUUCGCAGGAAGACGCUGGUUCUGAUUGGAGCUCAGGGUGUGGGCCGCCGCAGCUUGAAGAAUAAACUUUUGGUGUCUGACCCACAUCGCUAUGGAACCACCACUCCCUACACAUCACGUAAGCCUAAGGUGGAUGAAAAGGAGGGGCAGAUGUAUCUGUUUAUGUCUCGCAGUGAGAUGGAAGCAGACAUUAAAAGUGGUCGUUUUCUAGAGCACGGUGAAUACGAUGGAAACCUGUACGGCACUAAGAUCGACUCCAUUCAUGAGGUUGUGGACUCCGGCAAGAUCUGCAUUCUGGAUGUCAAUCCUCAGGCGCUGAAAGUUCUGCGGACUGCAGAAUUUCUUCCAUAUGUGGUGUUCAUUGAAGCCCCAAACUUUGAGGUUCUGAAAGAUAUGAACAGAUCUGCCAUUGAGGCUGGUGUUGUGACUAAACAACUGACGGACUCAGAACUCAAGCGUACAGUGGAUGAGAGUGAAAGGAUCCAGAGAGCGUACGGUCACUAUUUUGACCUCAGCAUUGUGAAUGAUAAUCUGGACGGAGCGUACCGCAGCCUCAGAAGGGCGCUAGACAGACUCAACACAGACCACCAGUGGGUUCCUGUCAGCUGGGUCUUCUGAGAGCAGAUCAGUCCAUUUCUGCUAUUCUCACAGUGGCUAGGAGUCUAGUUAACUGUUGUAAUCUAUGUGAACUUCCCCGUUGUUUAGAUUUUUGCAAAAAAAAACAUGAGAAUAGAAAGUACUUUAUUAUUUUAUAAAGAAGAGAACCUGAUGUGUAUAUCUGUAUUCGUUUUCAAGGGGUUCUGUACAGUGCUGUUUGUUUGUUAUUGCUGUGAGAGUAGGGCUGUAUAUUUGUAUAGAUAAUGUGGUCAGUAAAUACUGUAGAAUACAUUUUAGCACCCAUAGUUAACGAAGAUAUUCUGAAUCAUUUUGGAUGUAUCAAUGCAAUGAUUAUGUUGUGAUUUAUCGGGAUUGUUAAGUUUUGAUGUAUUAAAUGCAGAAUCAAAGAGUAUGCUGUGUCUUGGUUGUGACAUAUACUUGUUAUGUUCUGAUUGGUUUAAAAGCAAUAUGUAAAGAAAUAAUUCAUGUGAAAUUCAUGAGAUCUUGUUGACCAUUUAUGGGUGCAAUUCACA